AGAGCGCGGGGCGAGGCGGUGCCGUGUGCAGAGCCCGCCCCUCGCUGCGAUUGGCCGGCUGUGCCGUCAGUCGUGGUUGUGGCGCGCUGAUUGGUGAGAGCGGGGCGAAGCACGGCCCCGCUGGCGGCCUGAGGGCGGCCCUGGCUGGGCAGCGGCGCCAUUGGCGGAGCGUCUGUGCGGGCCCGGGAGUGGCGGCAGCGGCCGGAGGCCGGGGAGGCGGCAUUGGCGGAGCUGGGAGGCGGCCCCGGCGCAGGAAUUUCAUUCCCAGGGUGUGGCUGGAUGGAGGAGGAGGAAAAGCCCCAGAGAUCCUGCAGGAAGAGGGGCUGCAAACCCAGCCCAGGGAGUUGCGGGGAGGAAAGAGCCCCCCUGAGCCAGGAAGGCUGCUGGAGAUCCAGCCGGAGCUUGGAGCUAGUGGAGAAGGCUCAUGGCAGGGAGAAGCCCCACAAGUGCUUGGAAUGUGGACAGGUUUUCAACUGGAGCUCAGAUCUGAUCAGGUACCAGGUGAUCCACACUGGGGAACGGCCUUACGAGUGUGGGGAGUGUGGGAAGGGUUUCAGCCACAGCUCUCACCUGAUCCGGCACCAGGUGAUCCACACUGGGGAACGGCCCUACAAGUGUGGGGAGUGUGGGAAGAGCUCCAGAGACAGCUCUGAACUUAUCCGGCACCAGGUGAUCCACACUGGGGAACAGCCCUACACCUGCUUGGAAUGUGGGAAGAGCUUUGGGUGGAGCUCAGACCUGAGAAAACACCAGCGCAUCCACAUGGGGGAGAGGCCCUAUGAGUGUCCCCACUGUGGGAAUAGGUUUCAGACCAGCUCCACUCUCCUUGUACAUCAGCGGAUUCACACAGAGGAGAGGCCCUUCCGCUGCCCUGACUGUGGGAAGGGCUUCAAGCACAACUCCAGCCUCACCAGGCACCAGUGCAUCCACACCGGGGAGAGGCCCUACGAGUGUGGGGAGUGUGGGAAGAGCUUCUCACAGAGCUCAAACUUGACCCAACACCAACGGAGGCACCACUAAGGGAAGCCCUGUGAGUGCCCCGAGUGAGGGAAGAGAGUGAGGGAAGAGCUUCGUGCGCUGCUCCGGCUCUAUCCCCCAUGGGAGGCUCUGGGCUGGAUGAUCCCCGGUGACCCCUGUUGGGCAAAGCCCUGCUGAUCCGUGGUCCUGGUGAUUCCCAUUGGGUGGGGGGAAGGUGUUGGCUUCUUCUCCUUGUGCUGCUGUGAUUUUGGGAGGUUCCCAUGGAUGGGGGAGGAGAGGUGAGUCAGGGGUCCUGGCACACUGGCGA